UCCAUUUCCCAAACCCUCCACCCCCCACACUAUCCUUCGUUCAGAAACCCUAAGAGCUCAGUCUCCACAAUGCCGCCCAAGUUCGAUCCCUCUCAGGUCGUCGAGGUCUACGUCCGCGUCACCGGAGGUGAGGUCGGCGCCGCCAGUUCCCUCGCUCCCAAGAUCGGACCUCUCGGUCUCUCCCCAAAGAAGAUCGGAGAAGACAUCGCCAAGGAGACCGCCAAGGACUGGAAGGGCCUCCGCGUCACCGUCAAGCUCACCGUCCAGAACCGUCAGGCCAAGGUCUCCGUCGUCCCAUCCGCCGCCGCUCUCGUCAUCAAGGCCCUCAAGGAGCCCGAGCGUGACCGCAAGAAGACCAAGAACAUCAAGCACACCGGCAACAUCAGCCUCGAUGACGUCAUUGAGAUCGCGAAGAUCAUGAAGAACAGGUCCAUGGCCAAGGACCUGAGCGGCACCGUCAAGGAGAUUCUCGGCACUUGCGUCUCGGUGGGGUGCACGGUUGACGGCAAGGACCCUAAGGAUCUGCAACAGGAGAUUUCCGAUGGCGAUGUGGAAGUCCCCCUCGACUGAGCUCUGUGAUGUUCGUUUUUUCCUCUCCAAGUGUUUUCGUGUAUUUUGAUUUGGAUAAUUUUGUUUUGUUAAGAUGGUUUAAGGAUUUCGAUGCCCGAUUAUAACAUGCUGUGGAUGCUUUAGUAUAGUAUGGGUUCUGCAUUAUAUUUAUGGUUAAAUUGGGGCUUUAA